AUGUUAUUUAAUAACAAGCGAUUCUCAUUUCUUACGAUGCACCUCCUAGAUCUUGCCGCUCUUCAAUUCGCAUGGAUAUCAUUUGCUAUUUUUUCUCAAUGUGGUCGUGUAAGGCGUCGGUUUGAACGAGAGAAGUUCAAAAAGGAGCUGAUGCCAAAAUCGAAUAGUAAGAGUCGGUCGAGUAGAGCAUUGAGGAGUAAAGGCGGUGAAAACAAGAUGGAAUCCAGGAAGACCAUCCUAUCAACGAAACAGAGGCCUAUUCAACAUUUUUCUAAUUCACCAAACGACGACAUAAAUGCAUUUAAAAUCGAAAAAGCAAGAAAGGAACAAAGUGAUGAUAUAAAAACAGAUCUCCACUCGAUCUCCUCCAAUAAGGAUCCGCUCACUAGAAAGGAAGUUCAGGAAGCAUUGAUUAAGAAGUUACGAUCACCGAAAAAUCUUAAAGCAGGAAUGAAUUACGAAAAGCUUAAGGAAUUACGAAAAAAUAGUAGGGGACGAGAACCUCGCUUAAAUUCACAAAAGGUAAAGGGAGAAAAAGAUGCGCGACAAGUAAGAAGUGAUGACGUUUUCGAGCAGCCGGGAAUUGUGAAAAGCGAUUUCGCCGUUGAUCAAGACGAGACUCCAAAAGAAGCGAAUUCGAGUAGAGCGACACCCGCGAAAGAGAAGGAGGAGUGUAGAUCGAAAUUCUCACAUCAAUCCGACCCAGUGGAUGAGCAACCCCAAUCACACUACGAAAUUGAAAAGAAUGGAAAAUGGCGAACACGAUUAAGUCGCAUGGUGACGAGAAGAAGGAAAGGGAAGAGCGCAAAUACGGCAAACAAAGAGAGUGGUCAACAACCACAAGCUAAAAAACCUCAAGCUAAAAAUGUGAGAAGUCGAAAGCGUUCGAACAGUUUAUUCAUUGCUUCCGACUUCAAAGAUGAGAAAAGUAACUAUCAAUUAGAGGAACGAAUCCAAGGAUGA